AUUUCUGUUAUAAUAAACCCCCACCUUUCCUCCACUAUCUGAUAAAGCGACUUUUUUCUUAGUUUCAUUAUUAGCAAGUGCACAGAAAAGCAGGAAGGAGGAAGACCUCAACACGGGACUUGCAUCUGGAAAAUGAGAAUGAAUGUAGUAUGAUAUAUUGAUGAAUGGCCGGGCCCCUGCCCUCAGCUCUGGCCGAGUCCCUGAAGCUGUACGAGGCUCAGUUCUUCGGCUUCACGCCCCAGACCUGCAUGCUGCGGGUGUACAAUGCCUUCCAGGACAGCCUGUACGAGAUCAUGCUGAUCGUGGAAACCGUCCUGGUGAAGAAGAUCAGGGGGCCCGAGGCCGCCGGGGAGGUGGACAGCCAGACGAGGCAGCGCACGCAGAAGCUGCUGACCUUCCUGCAGAAGCGCAUCAGCCGCCUCACGGGCCGCAUGGAGCGUUUUCUGCAGAGCAGCGUCCUGCAGGUGCCGGCCAACGUGCUGCUGCCCGAGGACGCGGCGCACCAGCAGCACCCUCGGGGCCGGGAGCGGCUGGUGAAGCUGGAAGCGGAGCUGGCCGCCUUGCAGCUGCGCUACCAGGCUGAGGUGGGCGCCAGGCAGGCCCUGCUGGCGGAGCUGGAGGAGCAGGAGGCGGUGCAGGCGGAGCUGGCCGGCUUGCUGAAGUGCAUUUCUGAAGUGCGGGCCGCCUACGCGCGGGGCGGGAUGGGUUGGGUCCAGGAGAGCUUCACCUACGUGCUUAAGACUGCCAGGCGCAUCCAGGACGCACUGAAGGAGAUCGGCAGCAAGGCUGAAGGGCUGGAUGAGCUGUGACACCUAUUGCUUCGGCUGCACGCUGUGGGACGUGUCCAUGAAAAGGUCGUUUCCCGUCUAAUGCAAUUUGGAAAAGGAACAAUUUCCCGACCGUCUCUGCAGUAGAUCUUGGACUGAUCGGGUGGGAACACGGUCGCAUAAGCUUUCCCUUACAAUUGGACAGUUGUUUUCUACUUGAUGUUUUCUACUGCUUUCAACUCUUUGUUUCUUAUUGUAUGGUUUCAGUUUAAAUUAAAUAAAGAUGAUUCUUUUCAGCUUUAAUGUA